AUGGACUCAUCAACGGACUCUGUCAUUGUCGCACCGAGCGCCGAGCAAAAUGGUGUUGGCGCCGAAUCCCAAAAACUGCUUGCUCCUCCCGUCUUCACCGACAAAUACGAAGAGCGCGAAUAUCUCAAAGGUCGCCUGGCCCUGGCCUUCCGGAUCUUCGGUAAAUUCGGGUUCGAUGAAGGUGUCGCUGGCCACAUAACAUUACGUGACCCCGUCCGCCCAGACCACUUUUGGGUGAAUCCCAUGGGCAGGGCGUUUAGCCUGAUGAAGCGAUCGGAUCUGAUCCUCGUCAACGGAAACGGCGAGGUGAUCGAAGGAGGGCCCAACAGGCUUCUCAAUAAGGCGGCUUAUAUGAUCCAUCAUGCGGUUCAUACUGCCAGGCCCGAUGUCCACUGUGCAGCACACUCACACAGCAUCUACGGACGGGCCUUUUGUACCCUGGGUCGGCCCAUCGAUAUGUUGACACAAGACUCGUGCGCAUUUUACAACGAUAUUAAAGUCUACCGGCAAUUCAAAGGCGUUGUUCUCGCAAAGGAAGAGGGGAACAAUAUUGCCCAGACCCUCGAAUCAAGCAAAGCCUGCUUGCUUCAGAAUCACGGUCUUCUUACCGUUGGCGGGACAAUAGAGGCUGCAAUUUUCUGGUUCGUGUCCCUGGAGAAGUGCUGCCAUGUUCAGCUCAUGGCUGAGGCCGCGGCGACCAAGCCUAUUCAAAUUGAUCAGGCGGAUGCUGAGGUGACAUUCAAGACCGUGGGGAGUCCUUUGGCCGGGUGGUUCAGCGCCAAGCCAAUGUUUGAUGUCAUGGCUGAAGAAUGCGAGAAUAAAUAUCUCUUAUAA